ACUCACAAAAGCCUUAAACCCUGAAAACCAAACAGGCAGUCACAAAACCAAACAAGAAAACGACCUCUCUUAGUUCUCUAUCGUUCUUUCUGAUUCCAAAACCUGAUAGAAUUUUGAUCAAGAUGAUGGCGAUGACUCGCACGCAGGCGUGCAGGUACAUGGUCAAGUCGGCGGCGCACGUAGCAAGUGCCCGCCUCUUCUCCACGGCAGCAAGAGCUGCCACCACCAAUGCGCCCGCGGCCAAACAAUUGUCCUCCGUUAUCAUUCCUCUUAAGGACAUGGCCGCGAGGGCACGGUGGAACAAUAGCAGCAUCAUUUACCCCGUUCAGAAGGUCCGCAGUGCUAGCACUCUGGCUCUCGGUCAUCAGGAGAAGCAGCACGAGGAGGCUGAUCGUAGCAACUCCACUGUCUUGGUUGCCGGACAAGGUGGUGGUAAAAAGGAUGAUGAGGAGAAUGGGAUUACCAGCUACUGGGGGGUGGCACCGAACAAGAUUACCAAGGAAGACGGUACUGAAUGGAAAUGGAACUGCUUCAGACCAUGGGAGACGUACAAAGCCGACACCUCCAUAGAUCUCCAGAAGCAUCACCUGCCUACUACUUUCAUGGACAAAGUGGCCUACUGGACGGUCAAGUCUCUCCGAUGGCCUACCGACCUAUUUUUCCAGAGGCGAUAUGGGUGCAGGGCAAUGAUGCUGGAGACAGUGGCAGCAGUGCCUGGGAUGGUAGGAGGGAUGCUGCUGCACUGCAAGUCCCUUAGGCGAUUUGAGCACAGCGGCGGCUGGAUCAAAGCUCUUCUUGAAGAAGCCGAGAACGAGCGCAUGCACCUCAUGACCUUCAUGGAAGUCGCCAAGCCCAGGUGGUACGAGCGUGCCCUCGUCUUUGCAGUUCAAGGUGUCUUCUUCAAUGCUUACUUCUUGGGAUAUAUGAUUUCGCCAAAGUUUGCUCAUAGAAUGGUUGGGUAUCUUGAGGAGGAAGCAAUUCACUCAUAUACUGAGUUCCUCAAGGAAUUGGACAAAGGUAACAUUGAGAAUGUUCCUGCUCCAGCCAUCGCUAUUGAUUAUUGGCAGCUACCACCCAAUUCCACCUUGAGAGAUGUUGUUACAGUUGUUAGGGCAGACGAGGCUCACCACCGAGAUGUCAAUCACUUUGCUUCGGACAUACAUUAUAAUGGACGUGAACUGAAGGAAUCUCCAGCUCCAAUUGGUUACCAUUGAACUCCUAUCAUGAGCUCACCAUCUAUUAUGUGGUUUUCUUGCUUGGCCUGAGGUGAUGAUAUCUAUAGCUGAAGACAUGUAUCUAACUUAAAUAAAAGUUGCUGAAUGAAGGUGCCAAAUCAUGAUUUUGAAAUACUAGCAGAUCCAUGGUUUUGAAAC